AUGGCUGAAUCAGCGGAAGAAGCUCUGUUGUAUGUAGAGCAUCGCUAUGUCUGCUCAGAGUGCAACCAGCAGUUUAGCUCCUUAGAGGAUGCUUUGGUGCAUCAGCAGAAUCACAUGUGCUCCCAGGAGCAGCAGUAUGAAGUCGUUGGGUUGGCAGAAGCUGGCUUGAUGGCAAGUGGCGAGGCUGGUCUCUAUCAAGCAGUGACUGUGCAGGAAAGCCAGUACCAAUGUUUGGAGUGUGGACAGAUUCUCAUGUCUCCAAGUCAGUUGCUUGAACAUCAGGAAAUGCACUUGAAGAUGGUUACUCAUGAACCUGAACCUUUGGUCAAACCUCUGAGCUCCAGUCAGAUCCACUACGAAUGUAUAGAAUGCAAAGCCCUGUUUACCAGUCAGGAUGUGUGGCUUGCCCACCGUCAGAGCCACCGCAAGCCACCAGAACCUGCAGCAGCUACUGCUGCUCCUCCUCCACCACCACCACCACCUCCUCCUCCUCAGAGUCAGGCCCUUGUAAACCUGGAGCAUUCCUACCGUAAGCCAGAGGAAGGGGGAGAUUCCUGUGGAACUGUGCAGUUAUUGCUCUACGAGUGUGGCGAGUGUUUCCAGCUAUUCCAGUCCACCACAGACUUCCUAGAGCACCAGGCCUCGCAUCAAGUGAUACAGCCAACCCCGGGGACACAAAUUAGGGAGGUGCCUGCUUCUUGCCCUGCGGAGCCGAAGGAGUUGUUGCCGCCAAGUUUAAUGGCCGUACAAAAUGGUGCUGUGCCGGCACAAAUCCAGACUAGCGUCACAGCCACGGAUCACAGUUACGAACUUAAAAACAACCCUGGGGAGCAGCCUCCCCGUAAAGUGAAGCAGGCCGUCAAGGAGUAUUUGUGCACUGAGUGCGACCAGCUGUUUCCCUCAGCCCAUAAGCUGCAGCUGCACAUGAGGAGCCACCGGCAGGGUGCCUUCAAAUGCCCACUGUGUAGCAAGGUCCUGCCGUCUCCAGCUGCUCUCGAGAAACAUCGGGAGGAGCACAGUGGCGAGUCGCGCUUCCUCUGCGUGGAGUGUGGCUUGGGCUUCGGCACCGAGGCGGUGCUGCUGUCCCACCGGCGCACCCACUCGCCAAACCCCAUGUACCGCUGCACCUGUGGCAAGACUUUCAUCAACAUGACCAAGUUUCUCUAUCACCGGCGCUCCCACAGUGCCAAUUCGGCCCAGAUCUACGAAUUGCCUUCCUCUCCUCCCGAGGACCAGCCCCUGGAGGAAGAGCCCCCGGAAGCCCCCGAGCAACCCGAAGAAAAGCAGGAAAUUAUCCCUCUGGCCCUCAUUUGUUCUGUGGGCAGCAGCGGCACCUCCAUGGAGGGCAGUGGCGCCCAGGAGAAAAAGUCUGACGACUUUCAGUGCCAGAUGUGUAGCAAGGCCUUUCCCAAGCAGACCCAGCUGUCACGCCAUCAGCGCUUUGCCCACAAGAUGGAGCGCCGCCACAAAUGCUUGACGUGCGGCAAGAUGUUCAAGAAGAAGUCCCACAUGCGCAACCACCUCCUGACGCACACGGGGGAGAGGCCGUACCACUGCAAGGAGUGUGGCAAGAGCUUCAAUUCCCCGGCCAAUUUGCAGCGCCACCGUUUGACGCACACGGGUGAGCGUCCCUACCGCUGUGACAUCUGCCAAAAGUGCUUCACGCAGUCCUCCACCCUGCAGCAGCACCUCUUGGUCCACAGUCGCCACUAUCCUUACAAAUGCCAGGAAUGCGGCAGCGUCUUCCACCGGCCUUACCGCCUGCUCAUGCACCGCUAUCACCACACCGGGGAGUAUCCCUACAAGUGCCAGACCUGUGGGCGCUCUUUCUUGCUUCGCCGCUUGCUGGAGGUUCACCAGCUCAGUCACACGGGCCAGCAGCCGCAUCGCUGCACCUCUGGCUGCGGGGCUGCCUUUGUCACUGCCGAGCAGCUGAAGGAACACAAGUGUGGCAAGAUGAGCCGCCACUUUGAGUGCUCCGUGUGCGGCAAGAAGGUGGGCUCCACGGUGCAACUGAGAGCCCACGAACGGCUGCACGGGGACAUCCAGAUCCCCGAAGGGGUCGAGGAGGAACCGCCGGUGCUGGAACCGCCCCCGCCCCGUCCCCGCCGCCCGGCCUGCCCGAAGGCCUUUGAAUGUAGCGACUGCAAGAAAUUGUUCAGCACGGAGACAUCCCUGCAGGUCCACCGCCGCAUCCAUACCGGCGAGCGUCCUUACCCUUGCCCGGAUUGCGGGAAGGCCUUCCGACAGUCCACCCACCUCAAGGAUCAUCGGCGCUUGCACACUGGGGAGAAGCCCUUCAAGUGUGAGGAGUGCGGGAAGGCCUUCACGAUUGCGGUGCGCUUGGCCGAACACAAGCGCAUCCACACGGGAGAGCGCCCCUACCACUGCGACGCCUGCGGAAAGGCCUACCGCUCCUUCUCCAACCUCUGGAAGCAUCGUAAAAUGCAUCAGCAGCAGCGCCUGCAGCACGAGCAGGAAGUCAUGGCCGAGGCCGUUGCUGCCGCUGCCGCCGCCGCAGCUGCGACGGCAACCUCUUCCGCCUCGGUGGUUUCGAGCGAGCCCGUCUACGGCAACACGGUGACCAUUAUGGAAACCAUCCCGGUGGUGGAGACCAUUGAGAUCUACCCAACGGAUGGAGGCGUCCACUUUGAGAACAUCCAGAUGGAAAACGUCCAGAUUGGGGGCGUUUGA